GAAAAAGAAGCCGCAGGCCCUACGCCCCUAUUUAAGAGCGCGCUCUUUCACUUUUCUCCACACUCGUGCAUCAUCCAGGGAUAGCUGAGCACAAACUCUCAAAUCAACCACGUUUUCAAGAAAUUUUCAUCCUUUGACGAUGUCUCUUUCCGCAUCCAGAGUAUCCGGACACAAGUCCAGAAGUUUCACGCUCUUUACCCUCUCCAUAUUAGUUCUGACGGGAUUAGUGAUCCAGCAAGUCGAAGCCGGUAUAGGAAAUUUGCUCGGACUUGGCGGCAAAGGCUUCGGGAGCAAAAAGACAUCAGAGAUGUUAGUGGCUGCUUCAAUCUUAGCUUCCCUCAUCACUAAGCACAAAGAAUCCCAGAAUCAAAACAAGCAAAGAGCACCAAUGCACAUGCCUAUCCCAGUUCCUCCCUAUGGCGGAUAUGCUGCAGGUAGCUCUCCAUACGGAUCCUAUGGUGCUGCUGGAUAUGGUGGUGGACUUGGAUCCUCUCUAUAUGGAGGAUAUCCAGGUCUCGCAUCAGCUUAUGGAGGUUUCGCAAGCCCUGCAGGUUACGGUGGUGGAUAUGGUGGUUACCCCAGCUAUUAAAAAGAGUUAUAUAUAAGACGUCUUAUUCACUCAUAAGCCCUAGUCUGCCAAUGUAAUGAGCCAGGGAUGAAGAUCUGGACGAUACCUCAUGGACCAUACCUCGUACAAAACUAGCCAGAUAAUCUGUUCUAUGUGCUUGGAAAUAAAUGUCAUAGUAACCAUGUGAAUAGCAAUAUUAGUGCCCAAAUUUGCAUUAUACCUACUGUUUAUGUUGGUUUGCUUUAUUUGAUUAUGGCAAAGCAAGCGAGGACUAUCUGUUUAGUUCCUUAACAUUAAUGUUGCCUUUACUGAUUCCUUUAACACCUGUAACUAGAUCAUUUGAAUAGUCAUCAUUUAACUGAUUAUUUCCCAUUUACCGCAGUGCUUCAGGGAAAGUAAGUUUGGUUAGCUUUUAAAUCAGCUUCAGGCAAGUGAUUUGAGCAAGCUAUCUUGCAUCGACUGCCAUUGCGUCAAUACGUUGUAUGAGCAGUUAAGUGGUUUAAGUUACAGAGGUCAUUGGUGAGCUCGAAAAUUAAUUUAUCUAUCCACUUUUAUAGUUAAGCCAGUUUCAUUGUUAUAUCCAGGAGUUGAAUUGCUUACAAGAUAAACGCUUUUUUACAUGUAAAAAUAUUCACAAAACUAUGAACUAGCUUUCAACAAUAAAUACUAAACUGUCUUCCAUAACGUUUUCUCACUCAGUACUGCAAUAGCGAAGAAAAAUAAAUAAAUAUCUCUGCCUUACAUUUAUUUCUAAGCACAUCAUUCUUUUUCUCAGGAAAUAAUGUCCCAUUAAAAGGAGUGUUUAUGCACUACGUUAUAAAUUAAAUGGGUCUGCUGAGGCACGAUUUCUGAAGUGCGAACAUCUCGUCCAGUGACACAUCCCUGAAUGGAGUCUCGAAAAGAGAACCAGACCCCUGUAAAUAGCCCCCCAGGAACUGUUCGAAAUAUUUUUUUUCUUUUUUUACAGAUAUCAGUAUAUAUUAUCCUGUUAUCGAGUGAAGAACCUCGGAGAGACGGUCCCACUCAUAUAGCUGUGCAUAUUAUGCUGGGCCCGGCUGUCACGUCCCCGUGGUCAUGUGGAUUGUGUCGUACCACGCUUUCAUACUCAUGUAUUAGAGCAUAUAUAGAUUCAUAAUAAAAAGGUUUAUAAAAUUUUA